AUGAAUCUUGGGGCGGACCAAGCCCCCCACACGACUCUCACAAAUGGCGGCGGCGGCGGCGGAGCGCAACACCACGACAAUGCCCACUCAGACCUCUCGCAGGUGCUAGAGGCGCUGCAAGCCAUCUACGCCCCGGCCUCGAGCAACGACACCCGUCGCCAGGCCACAGAGUACCUCGAGCAGGCCAAACGCCACCCCGAGGCCCCGUCGCAUGGCCACACGCUCGCCCUCGACCGCUCGCAGCCUGCACAGCUGCGCUACUAUGGCCUCACCAUGCUCGAGUACUCGAUCAAGUACAAUUGGGAGGACUACACCGUCGACCAGGGUACCGCGCUGAGGGCGUGUGCUGUCGAAUUGGCGCAGAACGUGACCGAGAGCGACCCCGUCUACAUUCGCAACAAGAUUGCCCAGCUGUGGACAGAAAUCGCCAAGCGCAGCUGGGGCGCCGAGUGGCUGGACAUGGACGAGCAACUCGUCGCCCUCUGGACAAACUCAUUGCACCACCAAGCCGUCGUGCUCUACGUCCUCGAGACGCUUUCAGAGGAGGUCUUCAACCGCGAAGAUGCUACCGCAGGCCUGCGCGGCACCGAUCUGGGCCGUGCCUGUGUCGAGAUCUUCACGCCUCACGCCGUCAUACAGGAGCAGCUCCCUACCAGAGAAAAAAGCCUCGAUCUACGCUGCGGCGACCAGGGGUGGCUGACAAGGCUGUGCGAAAACUUGGCGUGGUGCCUGGCCCAGGACUACCAGAACCAGGACAAUGUCCGGGCCAACGCCGUCAAGACGAUGCAUGCGCUUAGGGCCGCCAUGCCCUGGGUCAUGCCCAAGGCCAUUGCCGCUACACAGGUCAUUGAGGCCGUCUGCAAGGCGCUCGCCACGCCCGCCGCCGACAUGCAGAUUGCCGCAGUCGAGACCCUACAGGCAAUUUACAACCGAACGCACCUACACGACGACGAGUUUGUCGAGCUCGUCUGCCCCAUGUUCACACCCGGCAGUGUCUCGCUGCUUCGCGAAGUAUACAAUUGGACAAUCACGGGCAUGGACGUCAAUGAUAUUGAUGACCAAAAGUACAUGCUUUGCAAGAGGCUCUCCGAGUUGGCAAACAAUCUUGGUCUGUUCAUUGAACAAAAGCCCCGGUCGAUUCCAGAAGGCAGCGAUCUCCCCGGCAUAUUUGCUUUUCUUUACGACAUCAUGCGCAACCCGAGUCUUGUUGUCUCGAUACCCGUCCUUCACUGCUGGACCAAGCUGCUGCGAUCGAGCGUUGUUCGCGAGUCUGACGUGGUGAAUUCCAUGGUCGGCGGUCUGCUAGAGACGUGCUGUGCGCGGCUGGUCCGCUACGAAGCGCUUCCCGAAGACGCAGAGGACGUCACAUUGCAGUUCUUGAAUGAAGAUAUUGAUACUAUUCCCGAGCGCCAUGCAUUCCUAGGCAACUAUCGGAGAUUCUGCGCCGAUGUCAUCGAGGUCCUGGUUCGCAAGACGCCCGUUGAGGCCAUGGAGCAUAUCCUGUCGCAAGCAACCAACAUGCUGCAAAAUCUGUACAGCGACCAGCCCUCGUUCCAGCCGCAGACGUUUAGCAAAAACUCGCCCCAGGUUCUCCGGGUUGACGCACAAGUCACCGUCAUCGAGGCUGCACUCAAAGGCUACAUGAAGUGGCAGCAAGGCCAAGGCGAAGACGCGCAAGCCGAUGAGCGGACGCGCAACGUGCUGGAAGACUCACUCGAGCAAUGGGGGCGGCAGAUCCUGCAGGCGCGCUUCGAUGACCCCGAAGUCGCAAGAAAAAUCAUCUCGCUCAUGGCGACGCUGGCUACCAAAGCUCUGGGCGACCGCUCGGGCUUUGCCCUCACCUUCCUCGAGUACAUGCUUACCAUACGUCUAGCAGAUGACACAAACUACCCACAGUACUCGGAAGCGGUAAAAGACCUGGAGCGCAUAUGCAGCUUAGAGAUGCAGAAACUAGCCAUGAAGUUUGCCGAUGACUUUAUGAACGUCUACGAGCAAUUAGAAGCAAAAGUCAAUGAGAUGAUCAAUGACCCCACGACUGACGAACGCCAGCGAAUGGCAUACUCUGCUUUUCUUUUCAUCAUCAUACAUAGGUGUUCAGCCUUGGACCGCACCACCCAAGAAGAGCGCAUGAGACAGAUGCUUAACCGCGUCAAGGAGGCAUGGCGCAACGAUGAGUUUACCCAAGCCAUUUCUUCGUUCCAGUCCUUUUGCACUGUUCUGGGCAUGGGCCAAUUGCCCGAGUUUCUGUCUGCAAACAAUUUCCGCGGCGUCCAUGACUGGUCUGAGCAGCAGCUGCCCAGUGACGGUCAGGCGUUGCAGGCUUCCAUCCUUGAACGAUCCCAGCAAUUGCCACUUCGACUCACCAAAACGCUACUUGCAGCGUCCACGGAGAAGCUGCGCGACGGCACUGCUGCCUACGAGACUGCUGCCGCGUUGUGGGCAGAGACGAUACCCGUCUUGCUUCCCAACCUCCUCCAGCUCGUGAGCCAUGCACAGGCUUUCAAUGACAUUGACAGCAACUGGUCACACUUGCCUCUUGAACUGCAGCAGGUCAUCCGCCGUGUGCUGACGGAUCGAUUCUGGCAAGCGGGUAUCUCGACGGAGAGCAGGGAUGACUUCUUUGCGAGAGUUAGUGGCUCAAAAUCCACCUACGAAGGUUUCGCUUCGACGGUUCGAGGCACUGUGCGACAGAUCAGGGAGAGUUCGUACUACAUCCUCUACUCAUUGACAAGGUUCCGAGAUUACUUUUACGGCAUACAAGACUUACCAGGACCUCUGAGCCAGGCUCUCUUUGGGCACGCUGGUGCUUUGACUGCGCACCAUCUCUCUGUUCUGCUUACGGUGUCUACACAUCUGAUUGAAGGCUGCCCAUCGCAAUUACGAGCGCACUUUCUGCCACCUAUGAUACAGGGGCUGUUUCGCGAAUUAGACUCUAAGAUUUCUCGCGAAUGGAACGAGAUUGCUCGACAAGUGGCGGAAUCAGGGGAUAAUGACAACUUGACAGAUGAGAUGAAGACGGAGAGUAUACUCCGCCAGCUUACGUACUCGUCUGUCUCGCUUGUCGCUGUGCUGCUGGAUUCGAGACAAGAGUUCGCUCGGCAAGAUGAUCAGAGCCGCAAGGAAGCAAAUGCACCGCCAAUGUGCGAUUUCAUUCUUGAGACGCCGUCCGUUUUGGAGCCCAUUCUUCUCUUCUGCAAUUCGACCAUUCGCGUCCGCGAUACUCGAUCUGUCGUGACCAUCGUACGCGUCAUGCGCACGCUGCUUCCCCGCUUCAAAGAAAAGUCCCCGAUCCGCGACUACUUCUGCAAUGACAUUCUCAAAUCUGCCAUCACUUCCUUGCACGAACCCUACUUUGUGGAUUGCCAAAAGGAGCUCGCAUCUCUGAUUGCUGGCAUUAUCCAUCUCGACGAGGAGAUUCCGCGCUCCAUUAUCCUCUCGCUGCCUGGAAUGGGCGACGAAGCUCGAGUUGACCGCCGGCUCUCGAAACUCCAAAGUGCGAACCGUCAGGAUGAGAGAAUGCAGCGGAGCAUCGUUCUGGAUCUACUCAGCAGUAUCAAGGGCGUAAGCAUACACGAGCAGGGCAAGAUCCAGCGACCCAAGGCCAAGAAUAGGACCGUCAUGAUGGAACAGUACAUGACAGUUGAUCAGCAACCAGCCAUUGUUCGCGAAACGAGCCCAGGGCUAGCAGGCGUGGCGGAUAUGUUUGGGGGGCAAUAGACAUGGGGCGAGGGUAAUGGAUAUUUGAAGAGAGUGC